GCCGCCGCCGCCGCCGCUUCCUCCUCUGCAGCCGUUUGGCCGCUGCGUGACGCGUCGUUUCCUUCCAACAUGGCGGCCGGGGCAGGUCGGCGGUGAUGGAAGCCAGUCCGCGGCUGUGGUGGGUGCUAAUCCCCACAGUAGCCAGAGCAGCUCUGCUCUCGCUGGGCCUCUGAGUUGUCGCCGCCGCCUCCUCAGCCCUCAGAAGACGGUCGCCCGCGCCGGACUCCCUCGCCGCCACCAAGCCAGAGGGACAACCGGUGGGAGCUGCGGAUCGGACGAGCCGCCGCCUCCUCUGUGUCCAUGUAUGAAGGGAAGAAGACGAAGAACAUGUUUCUGACUCGGGCCCUGGAGAAGAUUUUGGCCGACAAGGAAGUGAAGAAGGCUCAUCACUCCCAGCUGCGCAAAGCUUGCGAGGUGGCGUUAGAGGAAAUAAAAGCUGAAACUGAAAAACAGAGUCCUCCUCAUGGAGAAGCAAAAGCUGGAUCAAGCACUUUGCCACCAGUGAAAUCAAAGACAAAUUUUAUUGAAGCAGACAAGUACUUCUUACCCUUUGAGUUGGCAUGCCAGUCCAAAUGUCCCCGAAUAGUUAGUACAUCUCUAGAUUGUUUACAGAAGCUUAUUGCUUAUGGGCACUUGACUGGCAAUGCGCCUGAUAGUACGACACCAGGCAAAAAAUUGAUUGAUAGAAUUAUUGAAACAAUAUGUGGCUGCUUCCAAGGUCCUCAAACAGAUGAAGGAGUUCAGUUGCAGAUAAUAAAGGCUUUACUUACUGCAGUAACUUCACAACACAUAGAAAUUCAUGAAGGAACUGUACUGCAAGCUGUGAGAACAUGUUAUAAUAUCUAUCUAGCAAGCAAAAAUCUCAUCAACCAGACAACAGCCAAAGCUACUCUUACUCAGAUGCUAAAUGUUAUCUUUGCACGCAUGGAAAACCAAGCAUUGCAGGAAGCCAAACAAAUGGAGAAAGAAAGGCACCGGCAGCAGCAGCAUCUGUUACAGUCUCCAGUAAGCCAUCAUGAGCCUGAAUCACCUCAACUUAGAUACUUGCCACCUCAGACUGUUGAUCAAAUGUCCGAAGAACAGGGAGACCUUGACCCCCAUACAAAUGAUGUGGAUAAAAGUCUUCAGGAUGACACAGAGCACGAAAAUGGAUCUGAUGUUUCCAGUGCUGAAAAUGAACAGACUGAAGCUGAUCAGGCAACUGCAGCUGAAAGUAAUCUUCUUAAGAAGGGGGUGCAGGCAUUAUCUAAAAAUGAUAUUUUGUAUGAUGGAGAAAACCAUGACUGUGAGGAAAAGCCACAAGACAUUAUACAGAGCAUUGUAGAAGAAAUGGUGAACAUCGUUGUUGGAGAUAUGGGAGAAGGGACUACUAUCAAUGCAAGUACAGAUGGCAACAUUGGAACUAUAGAAGAUGGUAGUGACAGUGAAAAUAUUCAAGCAAAUGGAAUUCCAGGAACACCAAUUUCUGUUGCAUAUACACCAUCCUUACCUGAUGACAGAUUAUCUGUUUCUUCCAAUGAUACUCAGGAAUCUGGAAAUUCUUCAGGACCUUCACCUGGUGCUAAGUUUUCCCACAUUUUACAAAAGGAUGCCUUUCUAGUAUUCAGGUCAUUGUGUAAACUAUCAAUGAAACCACUGUCAGAUGGACCACCAGAUCCAAAGUGUUCUUUAAAGAAAUUUUCCUAUAUAUUUUGGAAACUUCUACUAGCUCAUUUGAUCACAAAUGGAUGGUUAUUCAGACACUAACAAGGAUUUGUGCAGAUGCUCAGAGUGUAGUGGAUAUUUAUGUAAACUAUGACUGUGAUUUAAAUGCUGCAAAUAUAUUCGAAAGACUAGUAAAUGAUCUAUCAAAAAUUGCUCAAGGAAGGGGCAGUCAAGAACUUGGUAUGAGUAAUGUUCAGGAAUUGAGCUUGAGGAAGAAAGGUUUAGAAUGCUUAGUGUCAAUUUUGAAGUGUAUGGUUGAGUGGAGUAAGGAUCAAUAUGUGAAUCCCAACUCUCAGACGACUCUUGGUCAGGAGAAACCCUCAGACCAAGAGAUGAGUGAAAUCAAACACCCAGAGACAAUAAACAGAUACGGAAGUUUAAACUCCCUGGAGUCAACAUCAUCAUCAGGAAUAGGCAGCUACAGUACACAGAUGUCUGGGACUGAUAAUCCAGAACAAUUUGAGGUCCUAAAGCAACAAAAAGAAAUAAUAGAACAAGGGAUAGAUUUAUUUAAUAAGAAACCAAAGAGAGGAAUACAGUACCUCCAAGAACAAGGGAUGCUUGGCACCACACCUGAAGAUAUUGCCCAAUUCUUACAUCAAGAGGAAAGAUUAGACUCUACUCAAGUGGGUGAAUUCCUGGGUGAUAAUGAUAAAUUUAACAAAGAAGUCAUGUAUGCAUAUGUGGACCAACAUGACUUUUCAGGAAAAGACUUUGUUUCAGCCCUUCGCAUGUUUCUGGAAGGAUUUCGUCUUCCAGGAGAAGCUCAAAAAAUCGAUCGAUUAAUGGAAAAAUUUGCUGCAAGAUACCUAGAAUGCAAUCAAGGACAAACUCUUUUUGCCAGUGCAGAUACUGCUUAUGUUUUGGCUUACUCAAUUAUUAUGUUGACCACAGACCUUCACAGUCCACAGGUUAAAAACAAAAUGACAAAGGAACAGUACAUUAAAAUGAAUAGAGGUAUCAACGACAGUAAAGACCUCCCUGAAGAGUAUCUGUCAGCUAUCUAUAAUGAAAUAGCUGGUAAAAAGAUAUCAAUGAAAGAAACAAAAGAACUAACAAUCCCCACAAAAUCAAGUAAACAAAAUGUAGCUAGUGAAAAACAAAGAAGACUUCUAUAUAAUUUAGAGAUGGAACAGAUGGCCAAGACAGCCAAAGCUCUCAUGGAGGCCGUGAGCCACGUUCAGGCACCUUUUACAAGUGCAACACAUUUGGAGCAUGUGAGACCUAUGUUUAAGUUGGCUUGGACACCUUUUCUGGCUGCAUUCAGUGUGGGACUACAAGAUUGUGAUGAUACUGAAGUAGCCUCUCUUUGCCUGGAAGGGAUAAGAUGUGCAAUCAGAAUUGCAUGCAUUUUCAGCAUUCAGCUGGAAAGAGAUGCAUAUGUCCAGGCACUAGCAAGAUUUACCUUACUUACAGUAAGUUCUGGUAUUACUGAAAUGAAGCAAAAGAAUAUUGACACAAUAAAAACACUUAUCACCGUGGCUCAUACAGAUGGAAAUUAUUUAGGAAAUUCAUGGCACGAGAUUCUAAAGUGCAUCAGUCAGUUGGAGCUGGCACAACUUAUAGGAACUGGAGUGAAACCUCGAUACAUUUCGGGAACAGUGAGAGGGAGAGAAGGAUCUCUUACUGGGACGAAAGAACAGCCUCCUGAUGAAUUUGUGGGUCUGGGGCUAGUUGGAGGAAAUGUGGAUUGGAAGCAGAUUGCAAGUAUUCAGGAAUCCAUUGGAGAAACCAGUUCUCAAAGCGUUGUUGUUGCUGUAGAUAGAAUAUUUACAGGAUCUACAAGGCUAGAUGGAAAUGCUAUUGUGGAUUUUGUCCGUUGGCUCUGUGCUGUAUCUAUGGAUGAAUUGCUUUCUACUACACACCCAAGAAUGUUUAGUCUGCAAAAGAUAGUAGAAAUAUCAUACUACAACAUGGGAAGAAUAAGAUUGCAGUGGUCUCGGAUUUGGGAAGUUAUUGGAGAUCAUUUUAAUAAGGUUGGCUGUAAUCCUAAUGAAGAUGUAGCUAUUUUUGCAGUAGACUCCUUGAGGCAGUUGUCAAUGAAGUUUUUAGAGAAAGGGGAGCUUGCAAAUUUCAGAUUCCAGAAGGAUUUCUUAAGACCUUUUGAACAUAUAAUGAAACGGAACAGGUCUCCAACAAUUCGAGAUAUGGUUGUACGGUGUAUAGCACAGAUGGUUAAUUCUCAAGCUGCUAACAUUCGGUCUGGAUGGAAGAACAUUUUCUCUGUAUUUCAUCUAGCAGCAUCUGAUCAAGAUGAAAGCAUUGUGGAGCUUGCAUUUCAAACAACAGGGCACAUUGUCACCCUUGUAUUUGAAAAACACUUUCCAGCGACCAUUGAUUCUUUCCAGGAUGCAGUGAAGUGUUUGUCUGAAUUUGCGUGCAAUGCAGCUUUUCCUGACACAAGUAUGGAAGCAAUUCGACUUAUUCGCCAUUGUGCAAAAUAUGUGUCUGAUAGACCUCAGGCUUUCAAGGAAUACACAAGUGAUGAUAUGAAUGUGGCACCUGAAGAUAGAGUGUGGGUGAGAGGAUGGUUCCCAAUUCUCUUUGAGUUAUCCUGUAUCAUCAAUAGAUGCAAAUUAGAUGUAAGAACCAGGGGUUUAACAGUAAUGUUUGAAAUAAUGAAAACAUAUGGCCACACAUAUGAAAAGCACUGGUGGCAAGAUUUAUUUAGAAUUGUUUUUAGAAUCUUUGACAAUAUGAAAUUGCCAGAACAGCAGACAGAGAAAGCUGAAUGGAUGACAACAACUUGUAAUCAUGCACUUUAUGCAAUCUGUGAUGUAUUUACCCAGUAUUUAGAAGUUCUCAGUGAUGUACUUUUGGAUGAUAUUUUUGCCCAGCUAUACUGGUGUGUGCAGCAAGACAAUGAGCAGUUAGCACGAUCUGGUACAAAUUGCUUAGAAAAUGUUGUUAUUCUGAAUGGUGAAAAAUUUACCCUAGAAAUCUGGGAUAAAACUUGUAACUGCACACUGGAUAUCUUCAAAACCACAAUCCCACAUGCGCUCCUGACCUGGCGUCCUACUUCUGAAGAAAUAGCUCCUCCACCCCCAUCUCCUGUGAGUGAAAAACAGUUGGAUACAAUAUCACAGAAAUCUGUAGAUAUACAUGAUUCUUUUCAACCCAGAUCUGCAGAUAAUAGACAGCAAGUACCACUGGUUUCUGUCUCUACUGUGAAUGAAGAAGUCAGCAAACUUAAAUCUACUGCAAAAUUUCCAGAACAAAAAUUGUUUGCUGCCCUGUUGAUUAAAUGUGUUGUGCAGCUGGAACUCAUCCAGACCAUCGACAACAUUGUGUUCUUCCCAGCCACAAGUAAGAAGGAAGAUGCGGAAAACUUAGCUGCAGCCCAGAGAGAUGCAGUGGAUUUUGAUGUUAGAGUUGAUACUCAAGACCAAGGAAUGUACCGCUUUCUAACAUCACAACAACUUUUUAAACUACUGGACUGUUUAUUAGAAUCACAUAGAUUUGCAAAAGCAUUUAAUUCCAACAAUGAACAGAGGACUGCUCUGUGGAAAGCAGGAUUCAAGGGCAAGUCCAAGCCCAACCUCCUGAAGCAGGAGACAAGCAGCCUGGCCUGUGGACUGCGCAUUCUCUUCCGGAUGUACAUGGAUGAAAGUCGGGUUGGUGCAUGGGAUGAGGUCCAGCAGAGGCUUCUGAAUGUCUGCAGUGAAGCACUAAGUUACUUCCUUACUCUAACAUCAGAGAGUCAUCGGGAAGCCUGGACUAACUUAUUGCUGUUAUUUCUCACUAAAGUUCUAAAGAUCAGUGAUAAUAGGUUUAAAGCGCAUGCAUCAUUCUACUACCCUCUCUUAUGUGAAAUUAUGCAAUUUGACUUGAUUCCUGAACUUCGUGCUGUCCUCAGAAGAUUUUUUCUGCGAAUCGGAGUAGUUUUUCAGAUAUCACAACCACCUGACCAGGAACUUGGAAUAAACAAGCAAUGAUGGGAAUUAACAUUAUUCUGUUGGAGUUUACAUCUUUUGGCUCUUUAAAGGAACCUGAGAUCUAAAGGAGCUGAGGUUUCCUACCUGAAAAUCUGUUUCUCUGAAAGGCAGUAUCUGAAUGUUACUAGUAAAGAUGCUUACACCCAUAACUCAAGGUUGGAACACUCCAGUCCUUUUUAGUAAUCUGGUGAAUUCUUUGUAUCUAGUUGGGCUCAUGUUGAGCAGAAAGCCUGUGUAAACAGUGUCAGCUUAUGGUUAUGGGUCUUCUUUCUCUGGGGGCAGGGAGUGCCCACCUAUUUUUGGCAGGUGUGGGAGUGAAACUUACCCAAAGAACUAUACAUGUAAAAAUUGAACUUCUGUAAGAAGUACAACUCAGGAGAGCUGUAUUUUGAAGGAUAAAAUGUUUAUAAUUGGGGGGAUGGGGGUGGGAGAAGAAAUUAUUGUUCACGGUAAAAGAUAUUUAGCAACUAUGGUAUUCUGAAAAUUUUUGCACACUCAGGCUUAUCUGAGAUACUGGUAAUCAUCUUUCUGUGAAAAAUGUACAGAGAUGCAGGUCUGUAAUAUAAAAAUCUUAAACAUUAUAGUUUUUCCUGCACUGUUUUAUUUUAUUUUAUUUUCUUACCCACUUGCUAAACACCCAUAAUAUUUUGUCAAGUGCACUAAACAUUUGGGUUGUCUUUAUUUUGUGGGGAUUUUUAGUUUUGCUCUUUUUAGGGGUGGUAAUUUUGAGGGUUUAACAUGCCCAGAGGCUGUUGUGGCUGACACUUGUCAAGAUCAACAACAGGGGCCAGAAAAAAAGAAAAUACCCCUACUGACAAUAACUACCUGUAAUAUACUUAGGGCUUUUAAAGAUGAGCCAUUAAAAUAGAAUGAUCCUUCAUGGACCGAAACUUGAAUCACUGCAAAUGAAUCUAGGUUGCUGUCACUUCUUUUCUUUUGGGUGGCGGGGCUUGAUGUAGAUUUUAUUCUAUGUACAGAAUUUAAUGUUGAAUAUAUUAAAAUAACAUCUGGCAUGGCUUGGGGAGGUUAGAUUUACUGGAAAUGUAUUCAUACUGUGAAUUGUGCUCUGAUGGUUAAAAUGACAAGAUUGUCAAGCAUUCCGUAUUAACAGUGGAUGUAGAAAAUUUUUUCAGAUGGAUAAAAUGUAUAUGGUACAGAUGUAAAGUUUUCUAUGUAAAAAAUUCUGUACAACUUUCUGUACAAAUAUUGAUUCUCAUCUGGCAUAUUCUAAUCAGGUUAUAGAUCAAUAAAGUUUUUGAAUUAUUUCAUUAA